UUCCCUUUACAGAUUAAGUCACUUUGACUUGUAUAAAAGCAGACCCAAAAUUUCUGGGCCAUCAUUGACUUCAAGUGGAUUGAAACAAAUUCAUCAUGCUUCAAUCCACAUUCUUCAUCCUACUGGGAUUCCUGAUCAGUGUUAAUGCCUCAUCCUGCCCUGCUGGCCAGGAGUAUCGCUUUUUAACAUGCGCCAGUCUGCCAUCAUGCCUAGGGAAUUGUUACCAACCAUGCACAAUGGUAUUGAAGCCUGGAUGCACGUGUAAGCCAGGCUAUGUACCAUGUUCGAAUUCCACCUGCAUUCCCCAGCCGUCGAGGUGUCCUAGCACACCGGGAGUCAACACUGAAAGCCCAACCACACCGGGAGUCAACACUGAAAGCCCAACCACACCGAGAGUCGACACUGAAAGCCCAACCACACCGAGAGUCGACACUGAAAGCCCAACCACGACUGCGAGAAUAACUCCUACAGUAACAUCACCACCAGUUACAACAACCAAAAAACCUGAUGAAAUACCACCCAUAACGAACUCCCCAUCAAGACCAACCGAGAAUCCGUCACCAAUAACACCACCAGUGACAACGCAACCCCCUCCCGUAAUCACAACAAUCCCAACAACAACUUCGUCAUCUGAACCUCCCGUCUCAUCAUCGACAACACCAUCUUCCAACCCCGACGUGACUCCGUCCACAACUUCUGCACCACCACGAACCACAGAGCCAGCGCCGGCUACAGGGACAAUCUCUCAGCGUUCAACGCCGCCCAACAUUCAUAAUCAGAGCACUGAACAACCAAUAAUAACUCCACCUACAGAUGUAACCCCUAAACCAUCAACACCUGAUGAUGUAACCACUAAGAACACCCCAUCUACUCCUUCAUCAACCACCCCAUCUACUCCUUCAUCAACCACCCAAUCUACUCCUUCAUCAACCACCCAAUCUACUCCUUCAUCAACCACCCCAUCUACUCCUUCACCAACCACCCCAUCUACUCCUUCAUCAGCCACCCCAUCUGCUCCUUCGUCAACCACAAAAUCGCCAAUCACACCAGCUACAUCAACAGAGAUACCGAAGAAAUCAAAAUGUUGUGUUCUUAUAGUUAAACUGCAGAACUGUAGUUUACCAGGAUUCAAUCUGACUUCAGAGAACAGUUUUGAGGUAGGUGAUGAGUGUUGUGAUUCUCUCAAUGAAGGUUUUGUGACUGACGCACUGAAAAAAUGUGGCGGAGAGAAAAAGACGGAAUCAAAAGUCAGCAACGAGCCUGAUUUCACAAACUUCAUCACAAACUUACAUACGGAAUCUAAGCGUGAGGGGAAUUUACCGGCGAGUGCAUUUAAAUCAUUUAACAGGCAACUAAGUCAGAGUAAUAGUGCAUUCAAAAAAUUAAGUUCUCCAGAACUCAUGAAGUUUAUCUCGGUUGUCAAAGAUGUCUAGACUCAAACAAAUGAAUGAUCAUUCAUGGAACUACUUAUGUCUUCCAUAUCUUUAUCUAUCGAUACUUUUUUUGGAUGUACAACUUAUUGGUGUAAUAAUUAAAUGAUUGUCAUUUUUCACUUUUGAGUAGUUGAGUAUAAUUAUUUAUGAUGUCAUGAAAUAUAUUGUAGUAGAUAGAA